AUGUCAACCACUUCGCAACAACGACGAACUUCGACACCUAGUUUAAGGGUGUUGACACCAAGAAAAAACUCCAAUGCUGGUAAUUGCUUAUAUUUUAUAUUGUCUGUUUACGAGAAGGGUAUGAUCCGAAAUAGGGAGCAAAAAUCUUUGAAAACCUACAAACUGUUGGAAGCGCUCCGUUCAGGAGACACAGCUGCACUCAGUACAAUCCUACUAACAUACCAAUCAUCCACUCCUCCUUCACCUGCCUCCUCUACCUCUCAAUCGUACUCACAAACUGUAACUUCUACUUCACCUCUUUUGUUGGCUACCCAAUGUGCCUCCUAUCAGACUAUAGAAUUUAUAAUCAAUAAUCUUCUCGAUAAAAUUGACAUCAACCAUCAAGAUCAGCGGGGAAACACAGCGUUGCACUAUGCAUCCCAGAUGGGGAGGAUUGAUGUGUGUGAAUUGUUGUUGAAACAGAAAAACAUCAAUGAUGCGGUGUUUAAUGGCGAGGGAAAGCAGGCGAUAGAUAUUGCCAAAAAUCAAGAUAUUGCGGAUUUUUUGGAGGAAAACCGCACAGAAUACGUUAAAGAGAUUUCCCAACUUUUUCAACAAUAUGUAUCCGAUUCUAAUUAUGUCGGCAUCCAAGUUUUGUUUCAAGAUCCACGUGCUUCGGCAUUGAUUGAUAUAAAUCAGCAGAGUUCGUCGGGAUCGACAUUGUUGCACGAUGCUGCAAAGAAGAAAGACCUGGAAAUGGUUAUGUUUUGUUUGGAUCACGGAGCAGACGUGUCUAUACGCGAUCGAAAACGAAAGGUGGCAGCGGACCUUACCAAGGAUGAGAGGAUUAAGAAUGCACUUAAGCAGGGCUACUUAUUGAAGUGGACAAACUAUGCUGGAGGUUAUAAAAAUCGAUGGUUUGUGCUUGAACAUGGGAUGCUGUCAUAUUUCAAAAAUCAAGAUGAUGCCGGCA